AUCAUGUAUAAAUGGAUGAAAUGUCAAUCAAAACGAACGUUUCCAGCAAAAAUCUAAAUCCUGAACAAUACAAUGGAGGUUGAUGAAAGAAUCUGUCCAAAUGCAAACAAUUGUCUUGGAAUGUAUACAUGGAUAUAAGGUGGUUAUGGUUGAUGUACAUAAUAAUGUUAUCCAGUUACAGUUUACAGAGUGUGGAACAAGAAGAUAAUUUAACAGAACUCAUGCACAACUACACAAAUUUGAAAAUAUUUUUAUGGUCAGGUUCCGGAGAUGGUUCAGACGAACCAAUAGAAACAUCGACUUCUAAUAUUCCACUUUAUUCUGAAAAUCCCGAAGACUGUAUUGGUGGUCAAGACUGUAACAUUCAACCUACGUCUAUUGCGCCACAUACCGGGGUUAUUGAUAUACCACAAACUACAGAAAUACCAAACAGAGAAUUUUGGAUAGUAACAGAAUUAAAUGUUCACUCACCAGUGAAUGUUAAUAUUUCUGUCUCCGCUAUAAAAAAGAAAUUGGCAACACUCUACACCAUUGCUUUUACUAGACAACAGGUCCGACAUCUUGGACUAAAUGCAAAUUGGACUGAAGAAGAAGUAAACUUAUACAGAAACCGGAGAUGGGAUUCCAAUGAAAAACCAAUUAAAGUUAAGGUGCACAUUUUGUCUAUAUUGAAUAAAUUGGAUUUGGUUUAUUUUGUUACCGUAAAUGAUCAUCCUAUAUCUGCUGCAACUGCAGUGCGUGAUAUGAGCUUGGUUACAACACAAGAAGUUGCAAAUCACCUUGGAUACGCUGUAAAAAUAAAAGCUCGCCCUUAUUUGGACGGAUUACUAUUCCAACGAGUUCAUGGUGUAAGUUAUAGUGAGAUUUGGAUAUUCAUCACCGCAACUUGCAUAAUUAUUCUAGUGCUCAUAACAGGAAUUUUUAUAGCACACAAAAAAAAAAGGAGGAAAAAUAGUAUUAGCUCUGAUAGAACUGAUAUGGCGUUUUGUGAAGAUCAAACUUCUCAUCGAGAUGUGAAGACCGAAGCUACUUCUACUGAAGAUAUUGGAAUUAUACGAACACCUAAACCAAAGCCAAGAAAUAGAAAUAAAAUAUCUAACUCUUUACUUUCGAUGCAAGCAGCUAAUAAAUUUCAAAAAGAUUCGAUACCUGGACCGUUGACAAAUGUGUUGGACGGAUUUAAUUUAAAUGAAAAUAAAAAUGUUCGAACAGUUACGCGACAUGAAAGUAUCGGGGACCAUGAUCCCGGAGUAGUUGGACCAAUUGUUUGGGACUUGCAUUGUAAACAAAUGAAAAUAAAAAGUAAUGAUCAAGAUGACGAUUCGUGUUCGAGCUUUGAUGCGUUCAACGCUAUGGAUACCAACGUUACGAAAAUGCGACAAAAAUUUCACGAACUUCUUGACGAUGCGUUCACAUUGUUCGACAGUCGAAAUUCGAGCGUGCGCAGUGACGAAAGCAGUCCAUCGAUAAAUAACAACGAACAAAGAUCGAAGUCGGCUCCAUUCAGGUGUUCGGCUACUUCCGGCGGCCAUCCGUCCGGCCGUCCCAAAACGUCCGCCGACGACGACGACAAACUCGCCCCGGCCACGGCGGCUAGCUCGUGUUGGGCACUGUCGCCGGGCGAGGCGUGGGCCGGUUCGGACCAGUCGAUAUUCUUGCCGCGGCCCCUGAGCGCCGGCCCGUUCCACCGGCCGGCCCUGCACACCGAGUUCAUCAGCUUGGACGCUAACCUGUCUCCCCAGGAUCCCGCUGUGCCGCUUAUCAAGGCCAUACGGAAGGAACUGGACAAAUUCCCUUCGCCGAAUACACACGCUGACUCAUCCCGAUGACUCACGUUACCAUCGCCGUUCCAUUGACGGGUAUACAUAUGCCGUAACUGUUCAAACCUUCCACCGCCGGGUCGUUAUAUGAUUCAUUGCGUAACAAUAUUACAAGCACCCACGCGAUACGUUCAACGAACACUUGUUUGGGGCAUUCGUGUCUGUUCCCCUUUGUACCAUACCUUUGGUCGGUUUUUUUUUGUCAUUAUUAUUUUGUUUGUUUGACGUACACGUUUUUUCCUUUCUUUCUGCCAAUAAAACGACCGUGUAUCGAUUCAUCUUUUAUACUCUUGUGUUCAAAUAUACUGAUGCAUUACGAUAUAAUAUAUUAACAAUAAUUUCUGCAUAUAUUUAUAAUAUUUGAAACAGGACAACAAAAUAGUCCGUUUCAUACUGCACACGCUUAAGGUUUGCUUCUCCUCGAAUCACUGUUCACUUUGUAUAAUGUAUAGAUACCAUCAGGGAUUUCGUAUCACUCUUUGAUACUUGUGCAAUUUUAUAUAUCUUAAAUCCAAUAUCGAUUGUCAAUAAAUAUUAAUACUUACAAUCAGGAAAGGGUUUAAUUUGAGGUUUUAUUACCCCUACACUAUUUAUGUCAUAUUCAACAUUUAAUAUUACAUAUAUUGAUUAGCUAACGUUUAUUUUGUAUUUUAAUGAAUUCAUUUUGAAUACUCGUUAAAACUGUUUGACUGUUUGUCAAUUAAAAUAGUAACAUUUAAUAUUCUUUGAAUUUUUAAUUUAUAAACUAUAGUUUAUGAGUCAUUAUUUUUACUCCUCAAUAGCAAAUCAGUGGUAAAAUCUCACCCAGUGUACCAACAAUUUAUAAGAGGAUAUGCUAUCUCCUGAUAAAUGUACACACCGAUUAUUUUAGACGUUUAAUCAUGCCGAUAAAAACAAAGUAUGCUUAUUAAAUUAUGCAUUGUAUAUACAUAAUAUUUAUGAAUAUAAUUUAAGAUUGAUAGAGUCUAACAUACUGUUCAACUAUUUUACUACCCAACUUGUGUGUAUUAAACGCAAAUUUAUAUAAGUACAAAUUAUUAUUAUUAUUACU